CACUGCUACUCUUCCUUCCCGCAGCCAUCCGCACCAGCAUAUCCAUCGGCCUGCCAUCUCCUGUCCUGCGCCGCCCUGUCCGGUCCCGAACAGCAAUUCCAUCCGCACCCGAUUCUGAAACCAGCCUCCAGCCCGUGCUCCACUCGAUUCCAGCCACCUCUCCACACUCUAAGAUGCCUCCUCAGACCACCCACACCCACUAUCCAACAACCCUGAGUGCCCCGGCUCGAGCACUGAUCCUCUUCGUCAUUGGAUUCGUGAUUUCCAUCAUCAUCGAUCACCUCCAGAAGGAGCACAAUAUCACCCGGUAUCCCGCCUCGGCGACACUAUUCGACUCUGCCUCGUGGCUGCCGAUUUCCUGGGGCUUCUCGGCAAUGCUGGUCGGAACCGUCUAUCCCGCCCUGGACUCGUAUUUCCUCAAGCAAAAGUCCUCCCCACAGAGCCGACCGUCGCGGCAGGAGUGGUCGAGUGUAUUGCGAUGCUGCGGCGGCUUUAUCGGAGUCAACUACGCGACGUCGAAACUCCCGUGGACCAGCAGCAUCCAAGUCUCGAUCACACUCGCCUUCCUGGCGAUCGGCCUUUGGUUCCUGUUUGACCGAACACUGCACGGAUUCAUUGUUUCCGCCGUGUUUGCCAUCAUCGGAACGAUGGUAGUCUUCUUCCUCGUCAGCCGUGGCUUCUAUAGCUUCACCAAGGCCGACUUUUUCGGAGUGCGCUCUUGGCUGCCGUGCAUUCUCCACUCAUCAUCCAUAUGUUUUGGAUCGAUUGGCCGGCAGCUCGCACAUCCGCUGGACACCGACGGCUGUGUCGACACCGACAAGAAGAACAGUUGAUGUGCCGCCCUUCCCUUCUUCUCACAUAUUCAUGUGUGAAGCCCUGUCCGUGUCGAGCAUUGAUGUGGAGCAGAGAUGACGGCCAACGCAUCCACCAAGGAUGCCUGCAAUACAACUCCGUGACCUCUCACUGCUC